CUUUUAAUAUAAAAUGCAUGAGAUCAUAAUGCAAAGCGCAACAAUUGACAAAGUGUCGCCACUGUACACAUUUGAAAUGUCAAAAUAAAACGUUUGGCGCCUUUUUCAUUGUACUCUAACCGCGUUUGUAAACAUCAGCGCUGCCAAAAGAAAAUAUUGUGUGUUUUCAAUUAAAAAGUCCAAAAAUUUGAGCAAUGUUUUGAAAAUUGGCUGAAUGUCGAUUGAAAUAAAGUCCAAUUGAUACAUACACAUUUCGAAAGUGAAUUUCUAGCGUUUUUAUUAUUCGUUACUUCACAUGCGACACAACAGUGAGAAAAUUAAAUGAAAUCAUGUGCAGUAUUAAUCAAUUUCGACGAAUCGGAAAAAUUGGUGAAGGUACAUACGGUGUGGUUUUCAAAGCAGUUGAUGUUGAAAGUGGAAAAAUGGUGGCGCUCAAAAGGAUUCGGUUAGAAAAUGAGUCUGAAGGCGUCCCAUCAACAGCAAUCCGUGAAAUAUCUCUAUUAAAAGAUCUCAAACAUCCAUCCAUUAUUCAAUUGUAUGAUGUGAUAAUUGCCGAUGCCAGUUUAUACAUGGUAUUUGAAUUGCUGAGCAUGGACUUGAAAAAGUUAUUGGAUAAAGCAAAAGAAGUGUUCACACCAAAAUUAGUCAAAAGUUAUAUGUUUCAAAUGCUCGAUGCAAUUUCAUUUUGUCAUUUGAAUCGCAUACUACAUCGUGAUUUAAAACCACAAAAUCUACUAGUUGAUGAAUACGGCCAUAUAAAAUUGGCUGACUUUGGUCUUGCCCGCACCUUUAACAUUCCAAUGCGCGCCUACACACAUGAAGUGGUCACACUUUGGUAUCGUGCACCUGAAAUUUUACUCGGAACAAAAUUGUAUGCAACCAGCGUUGAUUUAUGGAGUUUGGGUUGUAUAUUUGCCGAAAUGAUAUUACAGAAACCGUUAUUUGCCGGUGAUAGUGAAAUUGAUCAAUUGUAUAAAAUAUUUCAAAUGAUGGGAACGCCAAAUGAAAUGAUUUGGCCUGGUGUAUCACAAUUGCCGGAUUUUGGAUUGAAAUUUCCAAAUUGGAAACCACAGCCAUUACCAACAUUAAUUUUAAGUUACCAAGACAAAGACUUUUUAGAUUUGUUUAAGCAAAUUAUGGUUUUAGACCCUUAUAAACGGAUAUCAGCCAAAAAUGCUAUGCAACACAUAUACUUUCGCAAUAUCGAACCAGUUUCACAUGUAUCUCUACCGUUAGAUUUAAUUUAAUCGAUUUUAUACAUUAUUGCCAUGUAAUAAAUAAAAAGAAUCGUUGAAAUAUUUUGUAGUUUCUAAUUGAAAUAACCAUGACCAUUCAAUUUUCGUUGAAAAAAAGAAAGCCUUCAUAAA